AUGGGACCGAACGGGGAUGGAAGGUGUGGGGUGGAAAAGGAAGGGGAUGGAAACGAAGUGAAGGUGAGGGGAAAGGCGGAGGAGGGAAAGGCGAAGGGGGCGGAGGGAGUGGAUGAUGAAGUGAGGGAGAGGGAGAAGCGAGACGGCAUGGUGGGGGCGAGAGAGGCGGAGAUGAGGGAAGAGGAGGAGCGAGGGAGGAAGAAGGUGGAGGGAAUUGGUACAGGGGAAAUUGGAGCAACGGGAGCUGUGGGAGCAGUGGGAGCAGUGGGAGCAGUGGGAGCAGUGGGAGCAGUGGGAGCAGUGGGAGCGUUGGGAGGAGUGGGAGCAGAGGGAGCAGUGGGAGCAGUGGGAGGAAUGGGAGGAAUGGGAGGAGUGGGAGGAGUGGGAGGAGUGGGAGCAGUGGAAGCAUUGGGAGCAGUGGGAGGAGUGGACGUAAAGAGAGCGGCGCGGGUGCUGGCGGCAGCGACUCUUGGGACAAGAGAGGCGUCUCAGAAGCCGUCUGGUGACGUGCAGAGAGAAAACAGCGGAGCGGAGGGCGGGGACGUGGAGGGUAAGGGGGGCAAGGAGGAGCGGAGAGGGGAGGGGGAAGCAGCAGUGGAGAAACGAACGGCAGAGGGGAGGCGCGAUAUGAGUGCCACCGACAGGAUCAGCAGGCUGAUACGUGAGUCGAAUGUAAAAGAGGGGAGAGUGGAGGAGGACGGCAAGGCAGAGGGGAGAGUGGACGUGCUUGGCUCUGGACGGAUCACCGGGCAGGUGGUGUCUCAGUCAACUGAGAAGGGGAAGGAGUGUGAGAGGAGGAAAGAGAAGGAGGGGGGGAAGGAGUGUGAGAAGGGGAAGGAUGGUGGGAAGGGGAAUGAGUGUGAGAAGGGGAAGGAAACACAGCAGGAGCAAGACAAGCAGCAGGAGCAAGACAAGCAGCAGCACGGGAAACAACAGGAGGUGCAGCAGCAAGGGCAGGAGCAAGAGAAGGAACAACAUAAGCAGAAGGAAGAGACGCAGCUAGAGAUGCAGCAGAAGAAGGGGCAAGAAAAGCAGCAGGAAAAGGAGCGAGAAAAGCAGCAGGAGAAGGAGCGAGAAAAGCAGCAGGAGAAGAAGCGAGAAAAGCAGCAGGAGAAGGAGCGAGAAAAGCAGCAGGAGAAGGAGCGAGAAAAGCAGCAGGAGAAGGAGCGAGAAAAGCAGCAGGAGAAGGAGCGAGAAAAGCAGCAGGAGAAGGAGCGAAAAAAGCAGCAGGAGAAGGAGCGAGAGAAGCAGCAGGAGAAGGAGCGAGAGAAGCAGCAGGAGAAGGAGCGAGAGAUGCAGCACCAAGAGAAGCAGCAGCGAAAGAAGCACACACCAGAGAAUCUGGAUGAGUCUCCACCACUCCCCAUCGCUUCCCCACCUGCACAACCCAUGCAUGUGGACACACAGGGAGAGCAAAAGGGGGCGAGGGGUGGAGUGGGAAAGGUUCAGUGUGUUGAACUAGAGAGAGGGAGUGAGAAUGGGGAGGCACAGGAGGGAGUGAGGAAGGUGCGUUUAGAAUCAGAGGGAGGGAGUGAGAAGGAGGCACAGGAGGGAGUGAGGAAGGUGCGUUUAGAAUCAGAGGGAGGGAGUGAGAAGGAGGCACAGGAGGGAGUGAGGAAGGUGCGUUUAGAAUCAGAGGGAGGGAGUGAGAAGGAGGCACAGGAGGGAGUGAGGAAGGUGCGUUUAGAAUCAGAGGGAGGGAGUGAGAAGGAGGCACAGGAGGGAGUGAGGAAGGUGCGUUUAGAAUCAGAGGGAGGGAGUGAGAAGGAGGCACAGGAGGGAGUGAGGAAGGUGCGUUUAGAAUCAGAGGGAGGGAGUGAGAAGGAGGCACAGGAGGGAGUGAGGAAGGUGCGUUUAGAAUCAGAGGGAGGGAGUGAGAAGGAGGCACAGGAGGGAGUGAGGAAGGUGCGUUUAGAAUCAGAGGGAGGGAGUGAGAAGGAGGCACAGGAGGGAGUGAGGAAGGUGCGUUUAGAAUCAGAGGGAGGGAGUGAGAAGGAGGCACAGGAGGGAGUGAGGAAGGUGCGUUUAGAAUCAGAGGGAGGGAGUGAGAAGGAGGCACAGGAGGGAGUGAGGAAGGUGCGUUUAGAAUCAGAGGGAGGGAGUGAGAAGGAGGCACAGGAGGGAGUGAGGAAGGUGCGUUUAGAAUCAGAGGGAGGGAGUGAGAAGGAGGCACAGGAGGGAGUGAGGAAGGUGCGUUUAGAAUCAGAGGGAGGGAGUGAGAAGGAGGCACAGGAGGGAGUGAGGAAGGUGCGUUUAGAAUCAGAGGGAGGGAGUGAGAAGGAGGCACAGGAGGGAGUGAGGAAGGUGCGUUUAGGAUCAGAGGGAGGGAGUGAGAAGGAGGCACAGGAGGGAGUGAGGAAGGUGCGUUUAGAAUCAGAGGGAGGGAGUGAGAAGGAGGCACAGGAGGGAGUGAGGAAGGUGCGUUUAGAAUCAGAGGGAGGGAGUGAGAAGGAGGCACAGGAGGGAGUGAGGAAGGUGCGUUUAGAAUCAGAGGGAGGGAGUGAGAAGGAGGCACAGGAGGGAGUGAGGAAGGUGCGUUUAGAAUCAGAGGGAGGGAGUGAGAAGGAGGCACAGGAGGGAGUGAGGAAGGUGCGUUUAGAAUCAGAGGGAGGGAGUGAGAAGGAGGCACAGGAGGGAGUGAGGAAGGUGCGUUUAGAAUCAGAGGGAGGGAGUGAGAAGGAGGCACAGGAGGGAGUGAGGAAGGUGCGUUUAGAAUCAGAGGGAGGGAGUGAGAAGGAGGCACAGGAGGGAGUGAGGAAGGUGCGUUUAGAAUCAGAGGGAGGGAGUGAGAAGGAGGCACAGGAGGGAGUGAGGAAGGUGCGUUUAGAAUCAGAGGGAGGGAGUGAGAAGGAGGCACAGGAGGGAGUGAGGAAGGUGCGUUUAGAAUCAGAGGGAGGGAGUGAGAAGGAGGCACAGGAGGGAGUGAGGAAGGUGCGUUUAGAAUCAGAGGGAGGGAGUGAGAAGGAGGCACAGGAGGGAGUGAGGAAGGUGCGUUUAGAAUCAGAGGGAGGGAGUGAGAAGGAGGCACAGGAGGGAGUGAGGAAGGUGCGUUUAGAAUCAGAGGGAGGGAGUGAGAAGGAGGCACAGGAGGGAGUGAGGAAGGUGCGUUUAGAAUCAGAGGGAGGGAGUGAGAAGGAGGCACAGGAGGGAGUGAGGAAGGUGCGUUUAGAAUCAGAGGGAGGGAGUGAGAAGGAGGCACAGGAGGGAGUGAGGAAGGUGCGUUUAGGAUCAGAGGGAGGGAGUGAGAAGGAGGCACAGGAGGGAGUGAGGAAGGUGCGUUUAGAAUCAGAGGGAGGGAGUGAGAAGGAGGCACAGGAGGGAGUGAGGAAGGUGCGUUUAGAAUCAGAGGGAGGGAGUGAGAAGGAGGCACAGGAGGGAGUGAGGAAGGUGCGUUUAGAAUCAGAGGGAGGGAGUGAGAAGGAGGCACAGGAGGGAGUGAGGAAGGUGCGUUUAGAAUCAGAGGGAGGGAGUGAGAAGGAGGCACAGGAGGGAGUGAGGAAGGUGCGUUUAGGAUCAGAGGGAGGGAGUGAGAAGGAGGCACAGGAGGGAGUGAGGAAGGUGCGUUUAGAAUCAGAGGGAGGGAGUGAGAAGGAGGCACAGGAGGGAGUGAGGAAGGUGCGUUUAGAAUCAGAGGGAGGGAGUGAGAAGGAGGCACAGGAGGGAGUGAGGAAGGUGCGUUUAGAAUCAGAGGGAGGGAGUGAGAAGGAGGCACAGGAGGGAGUGAGGAAGGUGCGUUUAGGAUCAGAGGGAGGGAGUGAGAAGGAGGCACAGGAGGGAGUGAGGAAGGUGCGUUUAGAAUCAGAGGGAGGGAGUGAGAAGGAGGCACAGGAGGGAGUGAGGAAGGUGCGUUUAGAAUCAGAGGGAGGGAGUGAGAAGGAGGCACAGGAGGGAGUGAGGAAGGUGCGUUUAGAAUCAGAGGGAGGGAGUGAGAAGGAGGCACAGGAGGGAGUGAGGAAGGUGCGUUUAGAAUCAGAGGGAGGGAGUGAGAAGGAGGCACAGGAGGGAGUGAGGAAGGUGCGUUUAGAAUCAGAGGGAGGGAGUGAGAAGGAGGCACAGGAGGGAGUGAGGAAGGUGCGUUUAGAAUCAGAGGGAGGGAGUGAGAAGGAGGCACAGGAGGGAGUGAGGAAGGUGCGUUUAGAAUCAGAGGGAGGGAGUGAGAAGGAGGCACAGGAGGGAGUGAGGAAGGUGCGUUUAGAAUCAGAGGGAGGGAGUGAGAAGGAGGCACAGGAGGGAGUGAGGAAGGUGCGUUUAGAAUCAGAGGGAGGGAGUGAGAAGGAGGCACAGGAGGGAGUGAGGAAGGUGCGUUUAGAAUCAGAGGGAGGGAGUGAGAAGGAGGCACAGGAGGGAGUGAGGAAGGUGCGUUUAGAAUCAGAGGGAGGGAGUGAGAAGGAGGCACAGGAGGGAGUGAGGAAGGUGCGUUUAGAAUCAGAGGGAGGGAGUGAGAAGGAGGCACAGGAGGGAGUGAGGAAGGUGCGUUUAGAAUCAGAGGGAGGGAGUGAGAAGGAGGCACAGGAGGGAGUGAGGAAGGUGCGUUUAGAAUCAGAGGGAGGGAGUGAGAAGGAGGCACAGGAGGGAGUGAGGAAGGUGCGUUUAGAAUCAGAGGGAGGGAGUGAGAAGGAGGCACAGGAGGGAGUGAGGAAGGUGCGUUUAGGAUCAGAGGGAGGGAGUGAGAAGGAGGCACAGGAGGGAGUGAGGAAGGUGCGUUUAGAAUCAGAGGGAGGGAGUGAGAAGGAGGCACAGGAGGGAGUGAGGAAGGUGCGUUUAGAAUCAGAGGGAGGGAGUGAGAAGGAGGCACAGGAGGGAGUGAGGAAGGUGCGUUUAGAAUCAGAGGGAGGGAGUGAGAAGGAGGCACAGGAGGGAGUGAGGAAGGUGCGUUUAGAAUCAGAGGGAGGGAGUGAGAAGGAGGCACAGGAGGGAGUGAGGAAGGUGCGUUUAGAAUCAGAGGGAGGGAGUGAGAAGGAGGCACAGGAGGGAGUGAGGAAGGUGCGUUUAGAAUCAGAGGGAGGGAGUGAGAAGGAGGCACAGGAGGGAGUGAGGAAGGUGCGUUUAGAAUCAGAGGGAGGGAGUGAGAAGGAGGCACAGGAGGGAGUGAGGAAGGUGCGUUUAGAAUCAGAGGGAGGGAGUGAGAAGGAGGCACAGGAGGGAGUGAGGAAGGUGCGUUUAGAAUCAGAGGGAGGGAGUGAGAAGGAGGCACAGGAGGGAGUGAGGAAGGUGCGUUUAGAAUCAGAGGGAGGGAGUGAGAAGGAGGCACAGGAGGGAGUGAGGAAGGUGCGUUUAGGAUCAGAGGGAGGGAGUGAGAAGGAGGCACAGGAGGGAGUGAGGAAGGUGCGUUUAGAAUCAGAGGGAGGGAGUGAGAAGGAGGCACAGGAGGGAGUGAGGAAGGUGCGUUUAGAAUCAGAGGGAGGGAGUGAGAAGGAGGCACAGGAGGGAGUGAGGAAGGUGCGUUUAGAAUCAGAGGGAGGGAGUGAGAAGGAGGCACAGGAGGGAGUGAGGAAGGUGCGUUUAGAAUCAGAGGGAGGGAGUGAGAAGGAGGCACAGGAGGGAGUGAGGAAGGUGCGUUUAGAAUCAGAGGGAGGGAGUGAGAAGGAGGCACAGGAGGGAGUGAGGAAGGUGCGUUUAGAAUCAGAGGGAGGGAGUGAGAAGGAGGCACAGGAGGGAGUGAGGAAGGUGCGUUUAGAAUCAGAGGGAGGGAGUGAGAAGGAGGCACAGGAGGGAGUGAGGAAGGUGCGUUUAGAAUCAGAGGGAGGGAGUGAGAAGGAGGCACAGGAGGGAGUGAGGAAGGUGCGUUUAGGAUCAGAGGGAGGGAGUGAGAAGGAGGCACAGGAGGGAGUGAGGAAGGUGCGUUUAGAAUCAGAGGGAGGGAGUGAGAAGGAGGCACAGGAGGGAGUGAGGAAGGUGCGUUUAGAAUCAGAGGGAGGGAGUGAGAAGGAGGCACAGGAGGGAGUGAGGAAGGUGCGUUUAGAAUCAGAGGGAGGGAGUGAGAAGGAGGCACAGGAGGGAGUGAGGAAGGUGCGUUUAGAAUCAGAGGGAGGGAGUGAGAAGGAGGCACAGGAGGGAGUGAGGAAGGUGCGUUUAGGAUCAGAGGGAGGGAGUGAGAAGGAGGCACAGGAGGGAGUGAGGAAGGUGCGUUUAGAAUCAGAGGGAGGGAGUGAGAAGGAGGCACAGGAGGGAGUGAGGAAGGUGCGUUUAGAAUCAGAGGGAGGGAGUGAGAAGGAGGCACAGGAGGGAGUGAGGAAGGUGCGUUUAGAAUCAGAGGGAGGGAGUGAGAAGGAGGCACAGGAGGGAGUGAGGAAGGUGCGUUUAGAAUCAGAGGGAGGGAGUGAGAAGGAGGCACAGGAGGGAGUGAGGAAGGUGCGUUUAGAAUCAGAGGGAGGGAGUGAGAAGGAGGCACAGGAGGGAGUGAGGAAGGUGCGUUUAGAAUCAGAGGGAGGGAGUGAGAAGGAGGCACAGGAGGGAGUGAGGAAGGUGCGUUUAGGAUCAGAGGGAGGGAAGGGAGGGAGUGAGAAGGAGGCACAGGAGGGAGUGAGGAAGGUGCGUUUAGAAUCAGAGGGAGGGAGUGAGAAGGAGGCACAGGAGGGAGUGAGGAAGGUGCGUUUAGAAUCAGAGGGAGGGAGUGAGAAGGAGGCACAGGAGGGAGUGAGGAAGGUGCGUUUAGAAUCAGAGGGAGGGAGUGAGAAGGAGGCACAGGAGGGAGUGAGGAAGGUGCGUUUAGAAUCAGAGGGAGGGAGUGAGAAGGAGGCACAGGAGGGAGUGAGGAAGGUGCGUUUAGAAUCAGAGGGAGGGAGUGAGAAGGAGGCACAGGAGGGAGUGAGGAAGGUGCGUUUAGAAUCAGAGGGAGGGAGUGAGAAGGAGGCACAGGAGGGAGUGAGGAAGGGCCGGCGGCUAGACUCAGAGGCGGGGAGAGAGGAGGGCGAGGGGAAGGUGCGGGUAGAGGCAGACGCAGAACCCAAGGUGAAGAGGAAGAAGCUGAAGCGUUUGGAUAGCAUACAUGUGACGCGAGGGGGUGGGGAGACAGGGGAGAAAGGGGAGACAGGGGAGAAAGGGGAGACAGGAGCCUCAGGGAUUGACGGGGAAAGAAACGGUGCAAGUGAGAGGGAUGUGGCUGGGGAGAGGAGUGAGAAGGAAGGAGAUUCGGAGUGUGUGGGUGUGCGAGGGAGGGAUGAGGAGGGAAAGGAGAGUCAAGAUGGAGAGUUGGAAGAGGGCGGAGGGGGGGAAUUCGGGGUGCGGAGGGAGGGGGAUGGGGAGAGUGAAGGGGAGAGGAAAGAGAGUGUGGAUGAGAAGAGUGGGAGGGAGGAGGAGUGUGUUGGGAGGGAAAGGGAAGGAGCGAGUGAGGGGAGUAAAGAGGGGGAGAUGAAAGGGGAGGGGACGAAAGGGGAGGAGGGGAAUGGGGAGGAGGAGAAGGAAGUCAGGGCGGCAGAGAGCAGAGGUGGAUGUGCGGUGCAGGGGAGGGAGGGGAGGGCGGUGGGGGAAGUUGGGCAGGAGAAGGAGGUGAGGGAGGUGGGGAAGUUGGGGGAGGGGAGGGAGGUGAGUGCACCUGUUGCUGGCUGUGUGGCUGCUUCUUCUGAUGGUGCUGAUGGUGCUGAUGGUGCUGAUGGUGCUGAUGGUGCUGAUGGUGCUGAUGGUGCUCGUGGUGCUGAUGGUGCUGAUGGUACUGAUGGUGCUCGUGGUGCUGAUGGUGCUGAUGGUACUGAUGGUACUGAUGGUGCUGAUGGUACUGAUGGUACUGAUGGUACUGAUGGUACUGAUGGUACUGAUGGUGCUGGCACUGGGGUCAGGGGUGGUGAUGGUGGUGGGGUUUAUGCUAAGGGUAACGAGGGCAGGGGUGGUGAUGGUGGUGAUGGUGGUGAUGGUGGUGAUGGUGGUGAUGGUGGUGAUGGUGGUGGCACUGGGAUAAGCUGUGGUGAUGGUGGUGGGGUUUAUGCUAAGGGUAACGAGGGCAGUCAACGCAGUGGUCAACCCAACAGUCAACGCUGCAGUCAACCCAGCUGUGAGGCAGAUCUAGCUAGUGGUGGCAAGAAUGUUGACAUGGGCUUUAAGGGUCGUGGGGGGAGAGGGGGGAGAGGGGGGCGAUAUGGGGGAGGGAGUGGGCGUGGGAGGGGAAGGUCAGUGGAGAGGGAAGAGGAGGAAGAGGAGGAAGAGGAGGAGGAGGCGAGUGAGGGGAGUAGUAGUGAGGAGAGUGGAGGGGAGGAGAGAUUAGACGGAGCAGGGUUGGACGAUGAUGACGAUGAUGAUGAUGAUGACGACGAUGACGUGAGGGUGGUGAAGGGAGAGAGCCAGGUGAGGAGAACCCGGGACCGGGACAGGGAGCGGGAGAAAGGGCUCCCCCGAAAGGACGUCAUGAAGCUGAGAGCAGUGCGAGAGCUGAAAGGCUACGCAGGCCAGCAGGACAUCGGACCCAGCGGUGAGAAGCUCGGGUUGGUGCCGUAUGUCUCCAUGGGUAUCAGCCCGCUGUCACUGCAGGGGGAGACGGUGCGCAAGGUGCAUCGAAUGCGGACGCCGCGGCCGUCCUUUGUGAAGUUUGUCACCCGCCACGUCAUCGCGACCGCGGAUAAGGGCCUGGAUCUCCCCGGGCCGUUCGUGAAGCGCCACCUGGUGGGGUCCGAUCGGAUGGCUGUGAUUGGCCCCGGCGGGCGGCGGUGGGAGAUGCGAUGGGGGGCGUAUUCCAAGGGAGUGCAGGUGUAUAGGCUAAAGGACGGGUGGGGGGCCUUGGCUGGGACUCUGGAGUUGCAAGAGGGAGAGGCUCUUGUGUUUGAGGUGGAAAAGCCGAAUCUGCUGCGGCUGCAUCUGGUGCAGGAUGUGGUGCUGAAUACGAGUGCUAUGAUGGUGCCGCGAAUGCGGGAGGUGGCGAAUGCAGGUGAAGCUUCUGCUGCUGCUGCUGCUGCUGCCGCUGCUGCUGUUGCUGCUGGUGGUGGUGCUGCUGGUGGUAGUGCGGGUGCUGUGGAUGAUCGUGCAGUUGUGGGUGGGAAGGGGGAUAGGAGUGGGAAGGGGGAUAGGAGUGGGAAGGGGGAUAGGAGUGGGAAGGGGGAUAGGAGUGGGAAAGGGCUGGUGACUGGACAACGGGGCUUCGCAGUGAACGAGGUGGGGGUUCAGGCGAGGGGUGCGCUGGCAGCGGGUGAGGGGAAGGAGGCAGCAUUGAGUGGGAAAAAGAGGAGGAGAAAGCAGUUGGGGAACAAGGAGGAAGAAGAGGAGGGGAGUGAGGGGAAGAAGGGGCGCGAGGAGGAGGAUGAGGGUGAGGAGGGGGGAGAGGAAGGAGGUUGGAAGGAUGGGUGGAGGCAUGAGAGGAAGAAGGAGAGGGAGCAUGAGAGGGGGGAUGAGAGGGGGGAUGAGAGGCCGUGA